GAAUGGCAGCGCUUUCUGCGCAUGCGCGCGCACUCCAUUCGGCGGUUGUCAACAAAGAGAGGGGAAGGGAGCCGCGUUGGGAGCACUGCCCGUCCGCACUUCCUCCCCGAUGGCCGCCGCCUUCCUGGUGGCCCUGUACGAAUACUCGCCGCUCUUCUACAUCUCCGUGGUCUUCCUCUGCUUCCUGGUCACCAGCGGGAUGGUCCUGGGAUGGUUUGGAUGGGAUGUCCCUGUGAUUCUCAGAAACUCAGAAGAAACCGAAUCAAGUGUGAAAGUCUCCCAGAAACAGAUGCGACAAGUGAAGAAUCCAUUCAGUUUGGAAAUCAAAAACCUCUCUGUAGCUUCAACUGCAAGUGGCAUAACACUGUCUCUUGACUGUCUGGAAGAUUGCCUCCUUACGUGUUACUGGGGUUGCAGCGUGCAAAGGCUCCACGAAGCUCUGCAGAUACACGCCUAUCGCUUUCGAAUAAAAACUCCACAAGCUUUUGAGGAUGCGUUGCAUAACGAAUACCAUUACCGUGAACAGUAUUCCAUAAAGAAGAUGGACAAAGAGGAGAAGCACUGUCAGUUACCGGCAGAGGCACAAAUCGUUGAUUUUGGCCCGGUGCCUCGAUCUUCGUAUCCUUUGGUGGCGCUGCUGACCUUGGCAGAUGAAGACAACAGAGAGAUCUAUGACAUUGUUUCUCUGGUAUCUGUAAUUCAUGUCCCUGAUGACUACUACCGGCUGUCCUGCAGGAUGCUGUAUCAGUAUCUCCUUUUGGCCCAGGGACAAUUUCAUGACCUCAAGCAACUCUUCAUGUCUGCAAACAGCAAUGCAGCAGCCCCUUUGAGCAGCCCUCCCUCUGGACUGGAAGCCGAGGACCGCGUCCUGCUUGAAAAGGUCGGUCUGGCGGAGGAUGAGUCGGAAACACCUGAGGAGAACAGCAAGGACUGCAUCGUCUGUCAGAACCGGGCCGUCAACUGGGUACUCCUCCCGUGCCGCCACACUUGCCUGUGCAACGAGUGCGUCAGACACUUCCAGCAGUGCCCGAUGUGCCGGCAGUUUGUGCGGGAGUCCUUCCCCCUGAGCAGCCAGGAGGAGUGAGGCCAGGAAGGGAGAUGUGGGGUGGAUUUGUCGAGAAACUUUGGAUGGCAAAACCUCUGGAAACUGACAUCUUUUGCAUUCUGAGACGGCGGUGUUUUUCUGUUUGGUUUCUUUCCUCUUUAUAAAUGACUUCCGCACUUAAUACAGUCGGAAACAACACUGCGGUGGCUUCUGAAGUCAGAACUCUGGUAUUGUACGAUAUAGAAGCCACAGCGUGAACUUACUACAAAAGGCGUCUUUCCAAACACAGAACAUUUCUUGAAGAAGCUUUCUCUCGACAAAACUGACAUUGGAAGGCCUUGCCGGAACACGCAUUCCCGUGUGAAAAAUGCUUGUGUUCCCUUAAUUAUUUAUUACUGGUUUUCAGAAGAACCAGCCACUGGCAACAAUGCACUUUAGAGCUGUAAAGUGUGCAAAAAAGAAAAGAAAGAAAUAUAUAUGAGGCUGUGAUUGCAGUUCUUUAAUAAUAGUUCUUCACACUUCUGGUUU